UACAGAUUAAAAGAAAAGUUUCAGCUUUCUUUGAGACAAGAUAAAGAGAAAAAUCAGGAGAUCCACCUAUCACCCCUCGCUUUACAGCCAGCACAGUCCGAGGCAAAGACAGCCAACAGCAUGGUCCAGCCUGAGCAGGCGCCGAAGGUCCUGAGUGUGGUCGUGGACCCUCAAGGUCGACACGCUCCUGAGAUCAAAGCUACCACCUCUGUCUGCCCUUCUCCUUUCAAAAUGAAACCCAUCGGACUUCAAGAGAGAAGAGGGUCCAACGUAUCUCUUACAUUGGACAUGAGCAGCUUAGGGAAUGUUGAACCCUUCGUGGCUGUUCCAACCCCACGGGAGAAGGUAGCAAUGGAGUAUCUACAGUCAGCCAGCCGAAUUCUCACAAGAUCACAACUGAGGGACGUCGUGGCAAGUUCACAUUUGCUCCAAAGUGAAUUCAUGGAAAUACCGAUGAACUUUGUGGAUCCCAAAGAAAUUGACAUUCCACGUCAUGGAACUAAAAAUCGUUAUAAGACCAUUUUGCCAAAUCCCCUCAGCAGAGUGUGUUUAAGACCAAAAAAUGUAACUGAUUCAUUGAGCACCUACAUUAAUGCUAAUUAUAUCAGGGGCUACGGCGGCAGAGAGAAAGCGUUCAUCGCCACGCAGGGCCCCAUGAUCAACACCGUGAAUGAUUUCUGGCAGAUGGUUUGGCAGGAAGAUAGCCCUGUGAUUGUUAUGAUCACAAAACUCAAAGAAAAAAAUGAGAAAUGUGUGCUAUACUGGCCUGAAAAGAGAGGAAUUUAUGGAAAAGUCGAGGUUCUGGUUAUCAAUGUAAAUGAAUGUGAUAACUAUACUGUUCGAAACCUCGUCUUAAAGCAAGGAAGUCACACCCAACAUGUGAAGCAUUACUGGUACACCUCGUGGCCUGAUCACAAGACUCCAGACAGUGCUCAGCCCCUUCUACAACUCAUGCUGGAUGUAGAAGAAGACAGACUUGCUUCUGCAGGCCGAGGGCCUGUGGUUGUCCACUGCAGUGCAGGGAUAGGUAGGACGGGGUGUUUUAUUGCUACAUCCAUUGGCUGUCGACAGUUGAAAGAGGAAGGAGUUGUGGAUCCACUAAGCAUUGUCUGCCAGCUUCGUGUAGACAGAGGCGGAAUGGUCCAAACCAGUGAGCAGUAUGAAUUUGUGCAUCAUGCUCUGUGCCUGUACGAGAGCAGACUUUCGGCAGAAACUGUCCAGUGAUUCUCUGAAGAUGUACCAGGCCAUCAAUCUCUAGGGGUGACUAAUCAAUUACCCACUUGACGCUUCUAGAAGAAGCUUCCUGCAAUGAAAGAGAAGCCCUGAAGUCAAGCUGUGGCAUGGACAGUGGAAGAUGGCAACACAGGAAAGAUUGCCAGCCCCUUGUGUAUGUGAAUGCAUUUGUGAGCAGCUCCUAAGUUAUUCUGAAGGUCCUAUGCUGAUGGAGGAAUGAUGGACUUCUCCCACAGCUAAGCAGGAUUUUGUUUUGUCUGUAUUGAUUAUCUGCCACCCGGAAUGUGUGUAUGAAACACCCAGUGAUACAUGUCAUCAGAUGAUGACUGGAAGAGCUGCUGAAGAAAUUAUUAUUGUGUGUUUAGAUGCUUUAAUGUUUGCAAAAUCUGUCUUGUGAAUGGACUGUCAGCUGUUAAACUGUUCCUUUUUAAGUGCUAUUAUCUUUCUCAGUUACCAGAAUCUUGCCGCUAAAAGUUGCAAGUGAUUGAUAAAGGAUUUUUAACAAAUGAGUCCUUGUUUUUGAAAAAAAAUCAAAAGCAGUAACUAUUUUAUAUGGAAAUGUGUCUUGAUAAUAUUACCUACUAAAUAUGUAUUUAUCAGUACCUCCUAUCAAUCAAUUACAGAGCACAAUGAUUGUCAUUGGGUAUCUAUGUAUUUAUUCUCUAUUAUUGGGCAUAGAGGUGGUUGCUUCUCCAGAACUCUAUUCACUGUAUUUCUACAUUGUGAGUCACUUUACUGUAAAAGGGAAAAACAAAUUUGUAGCAACUCUGACGUAUCAAGAACUUUAGAUACUUGUCUCUCUUUUACUAAGAGUUUUUGAGUAUGCUAUCUACCUGGAGUCUCUUGCCCAAUUAAAGGCAGUUGCUUUGGGCAUGAUCACCUGUCACUUUUCCAGAGGUUCUUCUAAAGGCUGCUGCCAUGGAUAUCCUUACAUUUCAGAAAGGUUUUAAUCCUCAAGAGACAAAUAAAGCUAAAAACAACAACAACACAAAAACUACACUCAGCAAACACUAGAUGUUCUGCUCAAAUAUGAAUUUCUAAUGCAGCUAUGUUGACUUCGUUUCAUACUGCCAAUAAACUACUCUUAAUACUAAAU